AUGGCGGACGACGAUUUUGAUAUCGAUAUUUAUGGCGAUACCAACAACGAGCAAGAAACUCCAACUACACCGGCCGCAAAGGACGAAGAGGGAGACAUAAAGAUCGAUGGUGCCAACAAUGACAACACCGACGCAGCCAAUAACCCGACUGAAGUGGAGGAGGAAGAGCAAGACACAGAAUACGUUGACAUUAAAGUUGAUUCUGCGCACGAUAGUCAUCCCCAAGAACAACGCCAACAAAUCAAAAGUACCGAUGAGUCCGGUAAAGAUGCUCUCAACAUCCCAAAACAAGCUCCGCAACAGCAGGGCGUGAAACGCAAGGAAGGCUCUGAUGAGAGGCCAAUCGAUCCUGGAGCAACAACGGCCCUUCUAAUUUCUGACUUGCAUUGGUGGAAUACUGAUGACGAUGUUCGAGGAUGGAUUAAUCAGGCUCAGUGUGAAGAUGAGCUAAAAGAGAUAACAUUCAGUGAACACAAAGUGAACGGAAAGAGCAAGGGACAAGCAUACGUUGAGUUCUCCUCUCAGCAAGCUGCCACAGCAGCAAAGCACAAGAUAGAUACCUUCGGGGAAGGGCAGCAAUAUGUCAAGAAACAUGUCGUAACCUACUCGAAUCCAGAUGUCAACCCUUUCAAGACUCUGCCAAAGGAUGCACCUAUGCGAGCUGGAAAAGAUGGCCCGACUAAUCGACCAGUCGCUGGCAACUACGAUAGAACUCAACAGAGCUCAGGAAACAACUACGGUGGCAACUUCCGCGGCCGUGGUGGAUACAAUCGUGGUAACAUGAACAACAACAUGGGAGGCGGGUUCAACCGCAACUUCCAGAAUCCCGGCAUGGGUGGCAUGGGUGGGAACUUCCAGGCACCAAUGGGUGGCUUCAACGCGGGUUCCAUGGGUGGAGGCCAGUUUUCGGGCGGAUUCAAUCGCGGGGGUAUGAUGAACAAUAUGCGAGGUGGGCCCGGUGUUAUGAGAGGCGGUCGUGGAGGCAUGAAUAGCGGUAUGAUGGGAGGCAUGCCUAUGGGAGGGAUGCAAAUGGGCGGUAUGCCGGGUGGAAUGCCGAUGGGUGGCCCCAUGAACAUGGGAAUGGGCGCAGGGAUGCCAGGUGCUGGUUUCCCAGGUAUGCAGCCGCAUUUCAAUCCAGCCUUCUUCCCACAGAACCAGGCAACUGGAGGAGACUGGCAAAAUCCCCAUGGAGCAAAACGACCUCGCCCAGAGUAA